CGUGAGCAAUUUCCUUAUUUGAAUUUUGAAGCAAGAACCUCCUUUACUUCAAAUUCGGACUCAUUCCUUAGUUGGUAGUGGGUCAUAAAAAAGGUCCUUUCAAUUUUUCUCCGGACACCAAACCUCUGAGCUGAGAACUUCAGAGACGUCAUCGACUUGUUCUUCUACUCAACGGCAUCGCCAGGCAUAUGCCCAAAAUUUGACUGUUUCUGCAGCUGAAAUGUGUGUAGCUUGGCUCAGUGAGGUGGAUUCUGAGGCACCCCUCAAACAUUUUCUAGGUAAGAGCUGCAAAAUCUACAGCUUUGGUGGGUCUGGUUCUGUUUUUACUCUGAUACUCUUUCUGGGUUCUGCUGUGUGUGGUUAUUGUGAUGAGUUUCCUAUGGUGUCAGUUCCCCUUGGCUUUGAGAUUUCUGGGUAUGAUAGAAGUAGGAUUUGGGUGUCUGAAAAUAGGGUUUUUGCAUUCGGGUUUUUGGAUGGCUCUUAUAAAGAUGACAGCUUUGAUGGGUUUGUUGUUGGUAUUAGGUAUAACUUAGGAACUAAAGCUGCAAAUUUGCCUGUUUGGACUGUCGGAGGGGGCCUUAGGGUUCCUGAGAAUUCCACACUGAGCCUUUCCAUGGAUGGGAGACUGGUUUUGUUUGAAAACCCUAAUGGGUUUAUUCUGUGGAGUAGCAAUACCUCGAGUUCGGGUGUUCAGAAAGCUAGUCUUUUGAAUAAUGGAAAUCUUGUUCUUAUGGGUGCUGGGGAUAAAGUGGUUUGGGAAAGCUUUAAUAGCCCAACAAGUACUCUACUUCCUGGUCAGUCACUCCAUUUUCCCCAAACUCUUAGUGCCCCAUCAACAAAAUCAGUGUCAAGUUACUAUAACUUUGUGAUUCGACACUCCGGGGAUCUCGCCCUCAUAUGGGAAACAAAUGUGACCUACUGGAAGAGUCACUUGAGUUCAUCUGCUACUGUCACAGAAGCAAGGUUUGAUUCUAAUGGCGUUUUAGGAUUAAUUGAUGUUGCCAAUAAAACUGUUUGGUCGAAAUCAAGUAAGGAUUUUGGAGACCCUUCUGUGGUUUUUAGGCAUCUCAGAAUAGACCCAGAUGGGAACUUAAGAAUGUACUCAUGGGACAGUGUGCUUUACACAUGGAGAGUGGGAUGGCAAGCAGUUGAGAACCAGUGCAGUGUGUUUGGCUUUUGUGGGUUAUAUAGUUUAUGUGGAUACAAUUCCUCAGGUCCUGUUUGUAAUUGCAUUGUCCAAGAUUCCUCAAAUUGGGAAACUGGCACUCCUAUAAUGGAUUAUGGUGGUCUUAGUUGCAAGAAAAUGGUGGAUUUGGGGAACUGCAAGAUGGGUACAAGCAUGAUGGUUUUGAAAGGAACAGUUCUUUAUGGUCUUUACCCCCCUCACGAUGUCGAUACAAUGUUGAGUGAGGAUGCUUGCAAACAGUUCUGCUCCAACGAUACUACUUGCAUGGCUGUUACUUCAAGGAAUGACGGUUCAGGUGUUUGCACGGUAAAAAGAACGAGCUUUAUCAGUGGGUAUAGGUAUCCAUCUCUACCUGCGAUUUCAUACUUGAAGGUAUGUUUGAUCCCUCAAGCAGCGACAGUUCAAGGAGCUCAUCCCCACUUUUCAUUAUUGCCUGAAAGAAUGAAUGUUCCUGGAGUUAUUAGUAUGCAAUUUUUAAGAGCUGUUUCUCUAAUAAUUUUUGUCACAAUCUUGGGUUUUCUAGUGAUUGAGAUCUUUGUGGUUUGGUUUAUUUACCGAAGACGGAAAAUUAAGGCUUUAUCAAGAAUCCCAUUUGGAAAAGAUGCCCAGAUGAACCCACAUUACAGCAUUCUUAUCAGAUUAUCUUUCGAAGAGAUAAAAGAGCUGACUUCUAACUUUGCUAGUCAGCUUGGAACCACUGUGUUUAAAGGUAUUCUACCUAACAAAACUCCAGUCAUUGCUAAGAUUCUUGAAGAUGUUGUUGCAUCUGAGAAGGAUUUUCGAGUGGCAGUUUCUACAUUGGGUGGAAUGCACCACCGGAACCUUGUGCCUCUAAAAGGCUUCUGUUUUGAGCCCAAUCACAAACUUCUACUUUAUGAGUAUGUUCCAAAUGGGUCUCUCAAUGAGUGGUUAUUCAAUUCAAAAGAGGACCAAAAUGAAGGGAACUGGCAGCAAAGGCUUGCCAUUGCCCUUGGAGUAGCACGAGCGCUUGCUUAUUUGCACUUGGAGUGCCAAAAAUGCAUACCCCAUGGGAAUUUGAAACUUGAGAAUGUCUUGCUUGACAAGAAAUUAGUUCCAAAGGUGACGGAUUUUGGACUUUGGAGCGUAUGUCCAAAGGAGGCAGCUUCUUCUUCAGAGACUCGAUCAGAAAGAGAUAUAUACAUGUUUGGGAAAAUGUUGCUGCAACUUGUAAUGGGCAAGAGGGAUAUUUGGGGGGACAACUUGCACCAUUUAGUUAACAAGAUGAAUCAAAAACUGGAACUAGAGGGUAGUGAGGAGUGGGAAGGAGUGGAAAGAGUAGUGCGGAUAGCUUUGUGGUGUAUGCAAAGCCAGCCAUUUUUAAGACCUUCAAUUGGAGAGGUGCUUAAAGUAUUAAAAGGUACAGUUUCUGUCGAUAGACCUCCAUUGGAUUUUGCUUUUCAUCAGGAGAAUUAAACAGACUGGGGAGUUUUGACUGAGAUUGAGGAAGAUUCCUAGAAGAGAACAUGAAUGAGUUUAUUUUGGAAGAAAGAGUGAUUCUGAUUUUACUAGACUCCACACCUCUGGGUUUAGUUGCAGAGUGGGGGAGUACAUGAGGGUUCAAAAGUUUUUUGCAAGAUUGAACACCUCAAGGCAGUACUCUUCUCAUGUGUAAGAAUCCUUGACACUUGAAUGAAACGAAAGUUUUUCCCCAGACAAACUGCGUCUUGUAUUUUCUGUAUGUUCAAUAGGCUUUUGGUAUCUGUAAAUAUUUAGAUGCUUUGACAAGUUUAGAUAAUGGAUGGUGUUGAGGGCAUUUUGUGCCGUCUUCCUUUCUCUCUUCACAUUUCUUUUGUGCAGAGUAACUCUGUGAAUGAGCUAAAGUUUCUUGCAAA